AUGUACAAGUUGGACAAUAACCAAAUUGACGACGAAACGAAUAAUUCUGUUUCAUUAACAAGCCUUUUAGAAUUUCUCGACCCGAUCGCAUCAAAAGUAGUUUCAAAAUACUACCACGGUUCUAAUCUUUCGAAAGCAGAACAGAAAUUGCGAAAUUUUGAAGGAUUUAGAAGACGUAAACCCCACCAUGAGCAUGAUAGUCAUCAUUUACACCACCUGAAUAGAAGCCGUUCUUUCUUGCAGUUAGAGGAUUUUAAAGUAAGGGCGUUACAGAGAAUUAAGAAUUUAGACAAACCCUUGGAUUCCAUUUUUUUUAAAAACAGCUCAAGGUUAGAAAAAGCAUUUUACCCUUUCACGCUGUUUAAUAUAUUCUUCAUUGGAUUUUUGAUGGGCAGAUUUCCAGAAUGGUUUCAUGUUUAUUAUACUAUUCUUUUUUUUGUUCUAAUGCCCAUACGUUUCUACACAUAUUAUAAGACCAAGAAUCACUACUUCCUGGCUGAUUUUUGUUACUUUGUGAAUAUGCUAUGCCUAUUGUUUAUCUGGGUUUUUCCACAUUCAUAUAGCCUUUUCCAGUCAUGUUUUGCAUUCACUUUCGGAACGUUAUGUUUUGCCGUUAUUACUUGGAGAAAUUCCUUAGUAAUACAUUCUAUUGAUAAAACUACUUCAUGUUUCAUUCACAUAAUACCCCCCUGUGUCAUGUAUGUUAUCUAUCAUGGAUUACCACUCGAAUACAAAAUCGAAAGGUUCCCUGGAGCAAUUAUUCAAAGUGAAUUGGACAUCAAAAAAAAUAUUCUUUGGACAUCCCUUUAUUAUUUGGUUUGGCAAUCGUUGUACCAUUACUUCAUCACUUUAAAAAAGUCUAGCAAGAUCAAAUCUGGUGAAAGAAUGACAAGUUUUGAAUAUUUAACUACGCACCAAUUCAAAAACUUCUGGGCGGUUAAAUUGAGAUCACCUUGGCCGAUGAUAAUUUACACACUUUCUCAAUAUCUCUAUCAGCUUUUUACUAUGCUACUGUGUGGUAUAUGGAUUCGUUACAAGCUGGCUGCAGCCCUAUUUUUAACCGUUGUAUUUCUAUGGGCGUCUCAUAACGGGGCUACCUAUUAUAUUGAUCACUACGGGAAGAAUUUUGAAAAAGAAGUUGAUAGGUUACGUCUUGAAGUUGAAAAUUUACAGCAGAAGUUACAGCCCGAUUCGGAUGUACUGAUAUCAGAUGCCUCCAUAAAUGACAAAGAUUACCUAACUGUUAACCCUGAUGAAGAUUUUGACGACUCCUCAAGUGUAUCCUCAAAGAGUAGUUAA